AUGAAGAGGUCUGCCUCGGCUCUCGAAGGCCUCCCAGAACGGGGUGAUGUUCCUCCAAUGAUGGCCAACUCCCGCUCAUCAUUCAGCCCUCCCUGUGCUCACUUUGCCAUGAUUUAUCUUGACUGUAAUGGCAAGCUUAGGGUUGAUGAAUCAUCUUCUAUUCAAGAGCAAAGUUACACUAUAUUCACCCCAGAAGUCCGUCGGAACUUCCUCGAGAUUCUGGGUAAAUAUAUCGGCUAUUAUGCCUCUGAUUACCAGACAAUGGAUACAACUCCCCAUCGGGUGAGACGUCGCAAGGGCAACACUACUGCUCUUUCUGUCUGCUACGACCGCCUGACUGGGCAGGACGCUAAUAGCGAGAACGCCCCUAGCGAGUCUACCGAAAUGGCUCCUCUCUGUAUUGGAAAUGCCCAAAAGGUCACGGGCUACUAUGAAGGUGCCUUAAAGCACUUCCUACAGCUGAACUGCCGCGUGGUUGCCAAGGCAUUCAUCAAAUUCAUCGAGCCUCGGAAGCAGGUCCGACACCCUUACAACGGUGGAUCUGCCCCCGGUACUACUGGUGACCCAGAAAAAACCAGGCCCGAGUGGUGGCCUUCUGGUGUUAUGCACAAGGAGCCCGACCACUUGAGAAAAGAGCACCGCAUUAAGCUCUUGAUUCACAUUAUCCGCAAGCUCGGCUCUUACGGCAUUACUGCCGAUAAGCUUAUGGAUGUUGCUGGUGACACCAAGCGGAGCUUGAAGCACCCAUCCCAUAUCGAGAUCAUUCACGAGAUCCUCCAGGUCCGUAGGAUGGAGGAGCGUUUCGAAAGAGGUGAAAUCAGCGCCGACACGGUCGUCUACACCAUGAUCCGCAGCCAUAAUCUUAAGGGUGAUGAAGAAGACGACUCCGCCACCUCAGUGGCUAUCAUGAAGCCCGAGCACAUCAGCCAUGUAUUAAUGAACCCCACCUCAUCAUUCGAGCAAGCAUCUACCUCCUUAACCACACCUAUCAACAAUAUCCCAUCAGACUGCUCCCUCCCAGGCAGGUUCCUCAUGGCGGAGCCUCUCAACUUCGAAAAUCCCGCCCGCCAAGGUCGCCCCUACUACGCCACACCUCCCCAAUGUUCCGAUUCAUUGUCGCAGUCCAUGCUCAGCACUCCCAUGGCAGCAGAGAACAUCAGCCCCCACGACGUCUCGGUCUCAGCUUUCGACGACUCCGCUCACAACACCUACCCAAACUUCACUCUAGGCGUAAGUGGUCACUACGAUACCUGGACACCGUCUUUCCGCCAGAACAUCUUCAGCCCUGUCGACUACGCUACACAGGCAUCUAGUCAGGGUAUGCCCCAGCCGUUAAUGAACUGCCAGAUUCCCAUGGUAUCGCACGUGCAUGACAUGUCUCAUCGCCAUGCCCAGCUGCCCAGCAUGGCCUCCAUCCGCCAGAAAUCCAUGUCUUUCUGCACGGGAUCGCUGGGCCACCCACAUCCUAACGAGAUGCUAUCUCCCGCACCGUCUAAUUGA